AUGUCGAACCCUGCAUCCACAGUGGCCAUUGGAUCGCUGCUGCGCCGCCAUAAGCUUCUAAAACAGAGGCAAGGUCUAUUUCAGUCUCGCCACGUUGACUUCUUUCGUUACAAAAGGUUCGUUAGAGCACUGAAUGCACGCGAAUACCAGUCCAAGUCCGCUAACCAGCCAGAUCUCUACCCUGUCGUUGACAACGAAGAAGACGCGAGGAAGGUCUUCAUUGAGCUGAUCAAGGCUCAGCUUGUGGUGCCCUGCAGAAAGCUCCACAGUGCCGAAUGCAAAGAUCACGGCCUGAAACCAGACAAAGAUUACCCAAACCUGCUGCUAUCAGACAAGGCCACACUACAACCCGAUGAGUACUAUGCGUGGAACUUCAACCCAAAGACGCUAACUGACUACCUUCUCGUCUUGGGCAUCGUCGCCGGUAUCCUCGCUUUCGUAUGCUACCCGCUGUGGCCCUCAUCCAUGAGACGUGUUGUCUAUUACAUUUCGCUUGCUCUACUGGCUCUCAUUGGUCUGUUCUUUGCUGUCGCGAUCCUGCGAUUCAUCAUCUACCUGCUAUCGCUGGCUGUGUGUAGUGAAAAGGGUGGCUUUUGGUUGUUUCCCAACCUGUUUGAAGACUGCGGAGUCCUCGAAAGUUUCAAGCCUCUUUACGGCUCUGGUGAGUCUGAGUGCUAUAGCUACAUUAAGAAAAUGAAAAGAAGAAAGAGAAAGAUGAACAAGAAAGAUUAA